AUGGAGCUCCUCAUUCUGCUGUUCGCUUUGGGCCUCACGGGAGCAUCACCGUUGGAGGACCACGAUCUGUGCCAGCCUCACUCCAGACCUUGGCAGGUGUCUCUUCACGAACGAGGGACGAGGUGCAGCGGCGCCCUCAUAAACAAGUGGUGGCUGGUGACGUCUGCCGCCUGUGCGCCCAGAUCGACCAGCGUCAUCGCGUCGCUCGGGGAACACGACGUGACGGUGGACGAGAGCACCGAGCAGCACAUCCCUGUGGCGGACGUGAUCCGCCACAGCCCGUACCGCUCGCCCCUCCACAGCCUGGCCAUGGUGCGUCUGGCCGAGCCGGCCCGCCUCACUCCGCACGUCCGACCCAUUGGCCUGCCGGGUCGCUGCCCUCAGCCUGGAGAGAGCUGCAGUGUCAGCGGUUGGGGCUCCACCGUCCCAAAUCAAUAUGAGUCUCUGAAGCAGCUGAAGUGUUUGACUGUGCCUGUUGUGGAAGAUCAAACUUGUAUCAACACUUUCCCCGACUACCUGUUCUGGAGCGUGGGCAUGGUGUGCGCUGGAGGGGACAACAAGAUCAACUGCUUGAACGACAAAGGCGCAGUGCUGGUGUGCGGCGGGCAGCUGCAGGGCAUUCAGUGGUUCAGUCAUGGCUGUCAGAAUGAGGAACACCCCAGCGUCUUUACCAAGCUGUGCAUGUACGACAACUGGAUGCGCACAGUGAUGGACAACUACACGCCGACCACCACCACUGCACGUGUGAUGAGCUCGACAAAGGGGCUGUGA